UAAUGUUGCUCACAAGAUAGAUGGAACUUUACCAGGUAGCUAACCAGAGCUAGCUUCCCAGCAGCGUUGCUUUUUGGUUAUAUCAAUAUUUGACCUCACAUGAGAAUCAACAUCAGCUGAUAGCUGAGCCUGUUGUUCUGUGGAUUUUUAACCAUAGUUUAUUCUUUACAGUGCUUGUUACAUCAAACGUAUGCUAUAGAAAACUUUGCUUGUUAACUUACCCUUGCAACAAAUCAAGACAAAUGCCUGCUUUAAAAUUCUGCGCGAACAUUACAUGGUUGUUUACGGAUUUGCCAGAGAUUUCGCAAAGAAUAUACGCUGCUGCCUCGGCCGGGUUUCAGGCUGUGGAGGCGGCAUGGCUGUAUGACUCUGAUUUACAGGAGUUGCAAAGAGUGAAAAAUGCUACUGGAGUUGAAGUGGUGUUGAUUAACACACCCCUUGGAGAUGCAAAAGCAGGGGAGCUUGGUCUGGGUGCUGUCCCAGGGAGAGAAAAGGACUUCAGAAAGGGUCUGGAUCUGGCUAUUCAGUAUGCUAAGGCUCUGGACUGCAGGAGGAUCCACUUGAUGGCAGGGAGGGUGCCUGUUGGGGCGGACCGAGCUACAGUUGCCAUGGAAAUGGAGGACAGCUUCAUAAAGAACCUGAAACAUGCUGCAGAUGUCCUUACAAAGGAGGGAAUCACUGGACUGAUCGAACCUAUCAACACUAGGAUAUCAGACCCAAGAUAUUUCCUGGACAGUCCACAUCAGGCGGCUGCUAUCCUGAAGAAGGUUGACCACCCAAAUAUCAAAAUGCAGUUGGACAUCUUUCACUGGCAGAUAAUGGAUGGCAACUUGACACAGAACAUUCAGAAAUAUUUCCCUCUCAUCGGUCACAUCCAGAUAGCUCAGGUGCCCAACAGGAAUGAGCCAGACAGUGCAGGAGAGCUAAACUUCCCAUACCUCCUCAGGCUACUGGAGGAGUUGGGUUACAUGGGGUACAUCGGGUGCGAAUACAAACCUCUAGGCUCUACAAAUGAAGGGCUGGGUUGGGUGCACAAUUACUGGAAGAGCAGCAACAAGUGACAACGCAAGAAUUUGUAAAAUAGGCCAAAUCAUAAAUAACCAUGUGAACGUGUAACGUUUGACUGGCACGCCGCUUUGUUGAUGUAUUGAUGACAAAUGUGCGCCGAGCGGCAGGAGUACAACUGGUUCCUUUGUUAGCGAUGUCUUUUGAUUUCACUAUUGUACAGUAUAAAGUCCAACUGUCUUGUCCCAG